CGAGUUGCAUACGCAUAUACUCACAAACAUAUAUACUCACAACCAUCCUUCGCCUCACAGAUAUCCGACUUAACUCGACCAUAUAUCAGCAAUACAGGAUACGGACACACCAUGCCGAAGUCAAUUCUGAGUACGAGGUCCUCCGUGGAGAGCUUACAGAGCAAUGCUACUACUCAUACCGUUCCGGACACACUCGCUCCCGCAGUCACCGGUCCAAUGGUCUGGGAAGGCGAUGAGCUGGAUCCAGCCAAAUACAUUAUCCACCUGCAUCCUUCCGAGAUCCAAAAUAUCCGUGCUGCAGUCAUCUACUUCAAAUUGACGGGACUCCCACGAAGUGCCAUCAGCAAAACCACUUUCCCACUCGACGAUGGUCUGGCCUCCAAACUAUCAGCUAUCAGCGCCGAACUCCAUGAUGGCCGUGGUAUCUCCGUUCUCCGUGGUCUGGACGACGCGCGAUUCAAUGACGAGGAAGCCGUUAUUGCAUUUGCCGGCAUAUGUUCAUAUGUUGCUGCUCUCCGAGCCACAGAUUCCUACGCCAACCAAACACUAAGCCACGUUCGCGAUGCUACUCAUGAUACCGUGCCACAUUGGGCAAAGGACAUUGGACUCGCCGGGUCCAAGAUCACAUCUGCCAUGGACUUCCACAGUGACCGCUUCUCGGGUGACAUUCUGGCCCUACAUGUCCGUGACGACGGCGGCGUUGAUUGCGGCGGCGAGCAAUACUUCACCUCGUUUUGGAAAAUCUACAACGAGCUGUUAGAGACGGACCCUCAAGUCCUUGAAACCAUGGCCGAACCGAAUUGGCCGUUUGAAUUGAAGCAAAAGGAUCGCGACCCAUACCUCGAGCUCGGUCCAACACUCUUCUUCUCCCCGCGUCGCAGCGGGGUAGACAGCAGCAGCAAGCCUAUCUGCCAGCUGGUCAAAGCCCCGCUCCUCGGGAGCCCUCGGAUCCAGCGCGACCCUAGGAUGCCUGACCUGACCGUCCAGCAGCUACACGCUCUUGCCGCCGUCGAGGCGCUCGCCAAGCGAUUUGCCACCAAGCUCCAGCGCCGCAAAGGCGACGUUCAGUUUGUCAACAACCUGAGCAUCCUUCACGCUCGCUCCGCCUAUGGCUCUGCAACUGAGCGCAGCUCACGCCAUCUGCUUCGCAUGUUCCUCCGAGAUCCUGCCCUCGCUUGGGACAAGCCGGCGUCGUGCAAGACAAACUUCGAUGAUCCUUUUACCCCCGGGCGUGAGCAGCAUAUUCCCAUUCUCGACUUGGACCCAUGGCGCAGGAUUUCUGGCCGCGAGAGCCAUGGUUGA